AUGGAAUCAAGCACACCUAAGUGGUCUAAUCUUCCAAACGAUUUGGUAGAGCACAUAGUUAAACUCUUUCACUCACCCAUCGAUCUUCUUCUUUUCCGAAGUGUGUGUAGCACAUGGCGAUCCUCUUCUUCUCUCAGCAACAACAUUUUUCACUCUCCAUUAUUCCCUCUCAAGCUUCCAACACCAACUUGCAUCGACCCUGACCUACGACCCUCUUCUAUUCUUCUCACACAAAGCACCAUCUAUAAGAUUUCCAAGCCUUCAAAGACCAUGAAUACCAGGUCAUGGUUGGUGAGGGUGGAGAAAUUAUCAACAUGUGCCGGUAAGGUGUGCCUCAAGGACCCCCUUUCUCCCUCUCUCUUUGGGAGUUUCACCAACCACAAGUUUCCCAAAGUUUGGAACCUGUUGAACUUGAGGGUCUCCGAGGUAAGCAAAGCUUAUGAACUCAAAUUUGAUGGCCAUCAAUCAUGGGCUUGUUCUACUUCUAUGUUUAAGAAAGUGGUAGCUUCUGACAUGAGAGAUAAUCUUUCAGUGAUUGCACUCCAUCGACGUGGAAAAUUGGGCGUGUGUAGAGUGAGUGAGAAGAAAUGGACUCAAAUAAAAGAUAACCAAGUAUGGAACAAAUACAUAGACAUAACUUAUCAUAAUAACAAGUUUUAUGCAGUGGAUGUAAAGGGGUUGUGCCUUUCGGUUGAUUGUAGCCAAAGCCAAAAAGUCAGGUACAACGCCCCGCCAGGGACUCGUUCUGAAUUUCAGUAUUAUGAUGAUAGAGGUAGGUACUUGGUGAAUUCUCUUGGGAAUUUGCUCCUUGUUGAUAAUCCUCCUGUGCGUGGUUGCAAUGUGCAUUUUAAUGUCUAUAGGUUAAAUGAGGACGAGGGUCAAUGGAUUCCAGUGGAUAACUUGGGUGACCAAGCGUUGUUUUUGGGUGAUGAUUGUUCUUUUUCAGUUUCAGCUGGAGAUUUAGUUGGAUGCAAAAGUAAUUGCAUUUAUUUCACUGUUUAUGGAUACACUUGUUAUGAUGCUUAUGCUGGCUAUCAUGCAUGGCAAUUUGACUUGGAUGAUCAUACACUUACACCACUCUCGCCAAAGACUCGUUUUACUAAUCCUUUUCGCCCUCUUUCAACUUUACUGAAGGCUAGAAAGAAAAGUCUAGCCCUUUUUCUUGGAUGCUAA